AUGAAGCAAGGCACGACACAAAGCACCAAGCCCAUCGUGCUCGACGGGCGCACCGGCGAAGGCGGCGGCCAAGUGGUCCGCAUAGCGUGCGGCCUCGCAGCACUCACAUCGCAGGCCGUGACGGUGGUGAACAUCCGUGGAAACCGUGCGGGAGGCCGAGGCCGCGGCGGCGGUUCGUCCGCAUCCCAUCAAUGCCCUGCCCUGCCCCUUUACCAAGGAACGCGCUCGGCUGUACGUGUCGUGCUGACCGCUCUCUGUGCAGGCCUCAAGGCGCAGCACGUCGCGUCGCUGUCGUGGCUGGCCAUGGUCACGGACGCAGAAACAACCGGCCUUCACGUCGGUUCCGAGACUCUCGCAUUCAGUCCCGCGCGGCCGCCGACAGACCUGGCUCGGCGCUGCUUCGAAAUCGAGGCCGGAACCGACGCCGCGAGCGCGCUGCUGAUUCUGCAGGCCGUUCUGCCGUACGUCUUGUUCGCGGGCAACGACGCCAACGAGCCGGUGGUGCUCGAUAUCCGGGGCGGCACCAAUGUCCGCUGGUCGCCUAGCUACGAGUACUUUGACCAAGUGCUUGCGCCGACGCUGGAGGAGAGGUUCGGCAUCCACAUUGGGAGAGAGCUCACGGCGCGCGGCUGGAAUCUUGGGCCGAGAUCGCGAGGCCACAUGACGCUCACGAUUCACCCGGUGCCCAGGGGGAGGGCCGUCAGGUUCUCGCCGGCACCCAGGUAUGCUUUUCCCGAGUCAUACCGAGUCUGUAGGGUGGACGCCAGUGUGAUUGUUCCCCGGGCAUCUCACCGGCGUGUUCGGGAUGAACUUGUUGCCGCGCUGGGCCGUCUGUACCCCGACGCCGGUGUCGAGUUCAAGGUCGUAGAGGACUCUGGGAGCGACGCCCGAUGGAGCAUCCUGCUGGUUGCGCAUUCAGAGGGGGGCAUUCGUUGGGCCCGCGACUCGCUCUUCUCCAUUGCUAACAAGACCAAGUUGUCGCGAGAUGGAAUUAUCCAGCAUGCUUGCAGCAGUCUCUGCAAAGAGCUCUACGAAGAGACAAGCCUCAACGGGACGGUGGACGAGUUCCUCCAGGACCAGAUCGUCUUCCUUCAGGCUCUUGCGGAGGGAUACUCGUCGUUGCCGAGGGGCGAGGACCCGGCGGAGUCUCGUGCGAACGCAUCCAUUGGUGCCGUUGGGGAUUUGGCUGUUUGGAACAUGAGGCCGAGGAGGGACACGACGCACGAGCCGUUUGGACAUGGCUCGACGCAUACGACCACCGCCAGAUGGGUGGUUGGCGAGCUGUUGCCAGCGGCCAAGUUCUACAACAGGGGAGCCGUCGUCAGGGGCGUUGGGUUCUCUCUAUAA